GUAAUGAAGGAGCCAGGUUGAAAUGCAGCAGGCCUGUGGCGGUGGAUGUCUAGAUGGGGGAGGUCGACGAGACGCAGGGGCGUGACGCCUCGCUCUGCAGCAGCGCUCACUCGCCUGCGGGAGAAUGGGGGAGAGAGACACAGAAGGGGAGGGAGGAGGAACUUGAAGGAAAAAAGUUAAAAUAAAAAUGGCUUCCUUGUCUUUGGAGUCCACAGAACAAUCUGAAAACGGCCCAAAGGAGUCCACGCAAGAUGAAGCCAAAGUGAAAGAGGAGACGGAUCCGGACGAAGUUUCGGAACAACUGCUCCAAAGCUUCCAGAACUCGGCGCUCAGUUUUUCCACCGAUCAAGUCGCGUGUCUGUGCGAAGCGCUGCUGCAAGCGGGCAAUGUGGAUCGCCUGUGGAGAUUCCUCUCCACCAUCCCUCCUUCGGCCGAUCUGCUACGUGGCAACGAGACCCUGCUGAAGGCCCAGGCUCUGGUCGCUUUCCACAAGGAGGAGUUCAACGAGUUGUACACCAUCCUGGACAGUCGUGACUUCCACCCGAGUAACCAUGGGUUCCUGCAAGACCUCUACUUGAAGGCGCGCUACAAGGAGGCUGAGAGGUCCCGGGGUCGCAGUCUGGGCGCCGUGGAUAAAUAUCGACUGCGCAAAAAGUUUCCUUUGCCCAAAACCAUUUGGGACGGAGAGGAGACGGUGUACUGCUUCAAGGAGAAGUCGCGCAGCGCUCUGAAGGAGUGUUACAAGAUCAACAGGUAUCCCACUCCGGUCGAGAAGAAGAAUUUAGCCAAAGUCACCGGACUUUCUUUGACUCAAGUCAGCAACUGGUUCAAGAACCGCCGACAGAGGGAUCGGACCCCCUCCGGCACCAACAGCAAAAGUGAAUCUGAUGGAAACCACAGUACAGAAGAUGAAGCCAGCAAGGGAGAGCUGGAUGAUAUUGCUGACAAACCUGCUGCUCAAGAGACGGGCAGCUCCAGUGCUUCUUUUAUAUCACUCUCUGGGGCUCCUUGCAGUACUGGUCAGCUUAUUCUCAACAGCACCGGGGGAUUCUUUACAAGCUCUCAUCCACUGCUGCUCAAUGGGAGCCCUAUACUCUCAGGGGCAGGAACAGGGGUCAUCAUCAAUGGGCUGACACUGAGCGAUGGCCACACAGUCACUCUCAGUCCUGUUACAGCUAAUGCACCAUUGCUACUAAAUGGGGCUCAAGUAAUCCCCAAAGAUGACCGGGGCAUCAAUGAUAUAGAGGCCCAAGGCAGCCUGCCCACAGUGGUUCUGAAUCCACAAGCCAGUCUAACUAGCACAAUACCUCUCUCGCUCAGCGAGGACGCAAAAACAGCCAGCAGCAACGUCUCUCCAUUGGAUUUCAUCAGUCUUCCAGAGGCCUUGAAGAAUCCAAGUAACACUCCGUCACUGCCUACAAACUCAAUGUCCUCACCCACCAUCUCUACUGCUGUCAUCUCUCCCACGUCUCUUCCUUCAGUGGCACUGGUCCCAAAUAGUAUUCCUGCAUCAACAGCUGGUUCCAUGAGUCCAGUCAUCUCCAGUCACAUGGUGCCACUACUGCCCACACAGCCACCUGAAAUUGUUGUAAUAGGAAAAGCUGAGUCUCAGUCACCAAUUCGCAGCUCCAUCUCUAGCCCUCAGGUGCUGUCUUUACCCCAGGUGGUUCCAUCAAUACAGGGCGUUCCAGUUUCUCAACUGAUGCAGCAUCCAUCUGGGGCCACAGUGUCAUCCUGCCCCCAGCUUGUUCCAGUCUCCCCGGUCAAUUCACAGUUAGCCCAAGUCCCCAUUCCUCAGUUUCAGACACAGACCUUGCACAUUGGUCCAAGACUUGCGCAAGCACAGCCCCAAUAUGGCUCGAACACAUUAAGCACCAGUAGUGCUUUAUCACUCCCCCAGAUGGCUGAUGGGCAAAUUACACAAGUGCUUACACCUCAGCUAGGAGAUGAAUCUACUUCAGCCACCCUUCCACAGAUACAGACCUCCAUGGGAACACAAGUCAUUCCCAUCUCCUCGCCGACACAAGUUGUGCCCAUAUCCCAAACCAAAGACUCGGGCCAACCUCAGCUGGUCCCCCUGUCACUGCCCCAAUUUAUGCCUGUGUCAUCCAUUGCGGGAACUCCAACUGGAACCCUGUCCUUUCCUCAGGUGGUCCCAGCAACACCAUCUCUCUCCAUUCCGUCCCCUGGAGGUGCUUUCCAGAUUCUGACAUCUGGAUCUGGAACAGGAUUGAGUGUUGCCCAAGGACCGAUAUGCCUUAGUCCAAUAGGGCCUCCCCAGAGUGUCCCUACUGGUACCAUCCCAGGUGUUCAACUUCUCAACUCUGGGGUGAUUCACCUACCUUCUGCCUCUCCAGGCAACAUCCUACUAGCAGGUGGCAUUGGGGGCAGCCCCAUCCUAAGUGUUCAAAAUGGCAAACUCAUCCUCACUAUCCCAGCUGGCAUCCAGUUCACCAGCAUGCCUGUCAAGUCCGUCCCAGACAAUUUGGUCUCAAGUACCCUUGACCCUCAAACCUCAGCUGUACAUCCACUUGAAUAUCAACCAGCACCUUCACUCACUGCUCAAACCUCAUAUUCACUACAAUCAUCUCCUUUGGGGUUUGUUGGCUCCUCUACACUUUACUGCAGCCCUGAGCCAGGAACAAUUGCCAACCCAACCCCAGGAGCCUCUCCUGACAUUCCAGACUCUUCUAGCACUCCCACUCCUACAAGUGUCCUACAAUCCCAGCAGACCCUUAGCCCUGAUAGCAUGCUCCCGCUCAGUCCAAUAUGUAUCGGUGUGGGAACUGGCCACCAACUCUCUCAGCCAGCCUGGAGCCCGUUGUCCUCCUCUGCUGGUCUGACAUUAUUUGACAUGCGUGGGAAAGGAGAUCUCCCAGAGGACCCCGCUUUGUUAGGUUUGCCAGGAGGAGAGUCCCUCCUGUUGGGCACUCCUCCUCCAGGCGAAGAUGUAGAGAGAGAUUCUCAGCUGGAUGAGGUGGAGGACAUGGAUGGGGACUCGAAAAUUCUGACACAACUGCAGUCUGUCCCUGUGGAUGAUGACCUGGGUUUGUAAUCGCCAGUCCUUCUGACAAACUUCAAGAUGCAGUUAAUGUUAAAUCUCAACCUGCAAGACUUGCAUUCGACCAUGUCCCAGAAGUGAGAGGAACUGUGAUUUAUGACCUCAGAGGUUUGGAGUCUUUCCCCACUCUUCCUUAUGUAGAUGGAGUUUUAAGUAGCGGAAGUAUUCAACCUAAUAAUGGAAUCGUAGAAAAGAACCUCUCUUUUAUAAAUGGAAUUCAUUUGUGAAAACUAUAUAUUUAGCAAGGGCAUGACCAUAGAGGUCUAACUACAGUAGAGGGAAGGCACUGCCAUUUUGUCACCGAGAACAUUUGCGUAACUAAUAUUCACCUCUAGGAAUCUAAGGCUGUGUCUACAUGUUAGCCCUUUUUUGAUGAUACACAUAGCUUGAGGCAUGUUACAAGGACUUACAUGACUCCCUAAGUGGUAAAAAGGCACUAAUAUGUCAGAGGCAAUCAAUUUGUUUUAUCUAGGAGUGAAGAGCAUGUGGGAAUGCCUUCUUUUGUGCCUUACAUUUUUGUUACUUCUCAGUUUUGUAGAUUAAAUGACUCUGACAAGUACUUUUAUCUUUUAAGAAGAGAAACAAGUCAUAUUAGGUUUCCCUCUGAGAGGCAAUAUAAUAGAGGUACAUGUUUAUGCUGGUCACAAAACUGUUGUCUUGGAGUGAAAUAAGUCAACUCAAAAAGUAUGAAAUGAGUCUGAACAUGAGCUAGUCAUCCUGUCAGACAUCCUGCACAGGUGGCUCCCAAAGAUACCUGGAUGCACCAACAGCACCCUGCACUGGGAGAAGGAAAUCAGAUUUCAGUAAACUCACAACACUGGGUGGAAGAGAAGACUUGGUUGACAAACUAACCUUUAAAUGUGCCUGUGACAGCUACAUUGGAUAUACUACAUCCUCACUGCUCAGUUCAGGUGCCGUUUUAAUAGUUUUUUGCUUUAACGUUCAAUUGGCUUAAGUACCUUUUAUAGGUGACUAGAUGGUGCGUGUCUGAUUUGUUGAUGCAAAAUGCUUGGAUUUUGAACAUUACACUUCGAACACACAGUGAAGCACUCUGUUGUUUUAUAUUCCAUGUAUACAGUAUCUUGCAGCAUAAAUUUAUGAUGGCACACUAAACUGACCAUGGAUAUCCUAUACUUGUAUGAUAGAUAAUUGACAUUGGUUUCCAUAGAUAAACCAUUGAGCUUACCCAAGCAUUCCAGCUCAUUACCAUAAAACUGUGCAUAAACCUAAUAGGCUUGAGUGUUUGAAGGGAAUUGAAGUACUGAAUAUUUGUCUAUGCAACUGUUCCACAUGAAUCCUAAGAUUUGUUUACUGUUUAAAACAGCCACUUCUUACACUACAAAUCCAUCAUGUACAUAUACAGUGAAAUGUGUUUUGUUUUUAUUGUUUAUCUUGUCUUUUUAUAUUUCAAAAUCAAAUAUUUUAAUUGUAGAAUUUCCACAUAGCUUCAGGAAAUGUGUUUUUGCGCUUUCCCCGCUUGAUUCUUAUCAAAUGCAAUUUAGGUGAUUCAAAGCUACAAGUAUGACUUUUUCAACAGGUAAUUGUCACUACUACCAAAGUGGUUUGCUUAUUGCAGAGCACAGCUCUGUAUAUUUUGCACAUUUUAUCCUUUUUAUUCAUGGAGCUUUUACUUUUUUUUUUUUUCUCUGGCCCCACAAAAUGUGGUGCUAUUUUUAAACCAUUCAAAUACAAUAAGGCUUGGCCUGUGAGAUUUUGACUGGUGCACAGUAGUCACCCUUAGUAGUCACUCUAGCCUUAAGUGUACCUGUCACUAUAUGUUUUCUUUAAGAAUAUUUAAUGCAUUUAUCAAUGAUUUCGGGGUCAUUUAACCUUAAAGCUGUUUCCCUCAUUCUAGCUUAGGUUUACACUCCAUUUUGUGAUAUAACACAAAAGAGAUUUUGCUAUGUGUAGCAUCUUUUUUAAAAUUUCUUUAUUAAAGUGUUUGUAUUUUACACAUUUAUGUUACAUAGGACUUGUUGCAUUGACUUGCCAAAGCACCUGGACAAUGUUUUAACUUUUUUGGAAAGUAAGGGAAUGUGUGCGUUUGUGUUUGUCCCCGAGUAUUGCUAUUACUCCUCCAGAAUGUAAUGAUUACUAAGUUAAUGCACAUGUAUUUUAGUCAGUAGAGAUAUAUUUGUUUGUUCUAUUCACUCUUUAAUACUUUCGCUUCACUUUCAUGUACAAACAUAAAAAUAUGCAGUUGAUCAAACCAAAGAGUUUUUUUUUUUUCUUGAUCGUUUUGUUUAGUAAA